UUUUCACAUGAGACAGAAGAACUUCUCUCAACCUGUGAAGAUGCAUUCCAGGAUGGAAAAGAUGCCAUAUCUGAGGUUUACGACAAACUCAAAGGGGUUUCCUGCAGAGAAAACUCAUUUCUGGAAAACUUAAAAAAGAAGAUCUCAAGUCUAAAAGAUUAUAACCACAAAGAGAAAAUUUACAUUGGAUUCUUUGGGAAGACGGGAGCAGGAAAGAGCUCAUUGAUCAACGCAAUUGUCGAAGAAAAACUUCUACCAUCAGGAAGCGUGUAUGCCUGCACUUCCGUUUUUGUGCAUGUACAAGCUAAUACUGAACCCAGCGAAUACAAAGCUGAAAUUGAAUUCAUCAGUGCAGAGGACUGGGAAUCAGAACUACGUUUUCUGCUAGACUCACUCAAAAAUGAAAAUGACCAACAAAACAAAAUGGCAGCAAAAGAUGAUGAAAUUGCAGAAAUGGCAAGAGAAAAGAUAACAGCCAUUUAUGGAGAAGAGGGCCUGGAGAAAGAUUACAGUGAAUUGAUGGGAGCCAGAGAGGUUCCUGUGAUUCCAGGCACAGGCACGAAGACUCUGACUUUUCACACUGUGGAAGAACUGUCUAAAGGCAUUGGAUGCUACAUUCGGAGUGACAAAAAAUCAGAGCAGCAGUUCUGGCCUCUGGUGAAGCGAGUCACCAUCUCCUUGCCGAAGUCUCCAGCUCUGCUGGAGGGGAUUGUGCUGGUGGACCUGCCUGGAGCUGGAGACGUCAGUAAAUACAGAAGUGACAUGUGGAAAGAGUGUCUCAGCCAGUGCUCCUCUGUCUGGAUUAUCAAUGAGAUGAACCGUGCCCUGUCUGAGAAAGUAGCCAAUGAGAUCUUUGAUACAUCAUUGAGAACCAUUGCUGGAGGGGGAGAGUGUCACAAUGUCACCUUCAUCACAACCAAAACAGAUGUCAUCAACCCAGAGGAGAUCAAAGAAAAUUAUGAUAUCACAGAUGAGGACCUUGAAAUAGAAAGUAACAUUGGCAAGGGUACCCCGGAAUAUGAAAAGAAAGAAAAACAGGCGUGUAUACUGUACCGUAAUGACAAAUUUAAAGAAGAAAUCAAUAAACUCUUCAAAGCUAAAACAAAGAAAUUUCUGCUUGGUGAUGAAGACUAUUCAAAUGAGUUCUUUGAUGUGUACACUGUGAGUUCUGAAGAAUUCAAGAGAAUUGCACAGGGGAAGUCAACUGUUCUGGAUCACAAUGAAACUGAAUUGCCAGCGCUGAUGGAGCACAUUAAGAAACUGUACGUCUCCCAUUUCAAGAAGGAAGUGAAAGAUUAUGUAUCUGAGGUUUCUGGAAUCAUUUCAUAUCUUCACUUUUCAAAGGAUGCUCUCAGUUCAAAGAAACAGUCUUCAAAUGACGACGAGUUCAACCGACUUGAAAGGGAUCUGGGUAAAACAUGCGAAACAUUGAAUGAAAAUCUGAGCCAAGUUCACCAAAAACUCAAGAAAGAACUGGAGAUGGGAGCAAAGACAGCAGAGACAACAUGCCUGAAAAAUGCCACAGACAGAGUGCUGGAAUCACAAAAUUUGACAUCUUGCCUACCAAAAAUAAAAGUAGUAGUUCAUGAUAAUGGGUCCAAUAUAGUGGCAGCAAGGCGAAUGCUGGAAGAAAAACAUGUCCGCUGCACUGGACACACAAUCCAGCUCAUAGUUAACAAUGCCCACAAAGAGCCCAGCAUCAACAGAGCAGUAGGGGCUGCAAGAAACGUCAGGAGAAGCGAGCUGGCCGAUACAAAAUUGAAGGUGAAACAGCAGCAAAUUAGUACACCACAACAUAAGCUGAUCCAGGAUGUCAGUACAAGAUGGAACGGUACAUAGAAUAUGACAGAGAGACUGCUGGAACAGCGCUGGCCAGUUACUGCCACUCUGUCCGAUCCUGAGGAAACUCCAAGGGGCAAACAGUACUUUAACUUGCAGCCAGAACAAUGGAUGCUGCUUGAAGAGCUAACACAAGGGUUGCAGCCUUUUGAAUAUGGUACCCUUACCUUCGUGGAAUAUGCAACCGUUUUAUGUCUUCCACAGCUGGUCAAAGGGCUGCAUCGUUCCAUACAGCAAACCCUUAGUUUGGAGACGUGCACAGGAAAAGCAUUUCUGGCCAGUGCAGAAAAAGGGAUAACCGAGAGAUGGGGGAGUCUGAACACCAUCUCAGCAGAAAUGCACAACCCAAUUGUUCUUUCAGCUGCCCUUGACCCAAGAUUCAGAAAGCUGAAGUUUAUUGCGGCUGAAGAUGGCACAAGGGUGCAAGGGACAGGUGAAGUCCUUGCUAUCAAAGAAGCAAAGGAGACUGGGAUACAUGGGUGUGAGCAACAGCAGAGGGUCAAAAACAGCAGAGGGAGACAAUCAGCACUGGAUAACCUCCUUCAGUCUGACACAGACAGUCUCAGUGCGGAAGAGGAAUCCCAGGAGGACCAAAUGGUGAGAAAUGAAGUUCAGAUGUACUUUGCAGAGCCAGCAGUACCCAAAAAGGAAGACCCUCUCGGAUGGAGGAGGGAAAAUAAGAGGCAUUUUCCCACAUUAUCAAAUCUGGCAAGAUCUUUUCUGUGCAUUCCUGCAACAUCCACCCCGUCAGUGCACAUCUUCUCUGCAGGAGGGAAUAUCUGCUCUCAGAAGAGAGCCAGCCUCUCACAAGACCAUAUAGAGAAGCUGACUUUCCUCCAUUUCAAUACUGUGAUAGUUGCAAGAGUGAAGACCACAGAAUGCACAAAGCACAGAAUGCACUUUUCUUUUUUUGUUUAU